GAGGCAGAUUACAGCUUGGGCGCUUCUGCACCAUGGGGAGGCCUCUUUCCCGCGCUCUCCUUUUGCUCGUCCUCCUAGGACGCACCGCCGGGGCGGGCAGGAGCGACACGUGCCGCCUUGGCACCUACGGAGUGCCGCUGCCGGACAACCCCACGCAAUGCCCGUCGCGCCUGGACGCCUCCGGGGAGUGUUCUUUACCUCGAGCCCAAAGAGCCCCCACGAGUCCAGGGAAGGCACGCGCUGCAGACCCGCCGGCGAAGGAGACCAGCCGGCCCUGGAUACUCGCUGGGGCCUCGGCGCAAGAGGUUACCCGUUCUCCCACCGACCCAUCAGAAGCUGGAGUUCUUCUUCUGGAAAAUGAGCAAUGCAACGAAUGGAUAGAGGGCCACGCGAAGCCCGUGGAGACCUUCCACUGCCCCACCCAAGAUGAAUAUUGGAAGAUAUUUUGCUGUGGCACCUGCACGGCCUCCUACUGCUGUUCAUCCCCAAAGGAGCGCCUAGACCAGGAAAGCUGUCCGGAGGGUGUUAAAGGGCCAAAGGACCAAGAGACUGAAGACCCCACUGAGCUUUAUUCCGUAAGCCUCCUUGAUUUCCUCUUUAUAGCAAUUGCGCUCAGCACCAUAUUUUCCAUGCUCCUCUGCAGCCUGAAAUGUUGGAUAGAGUGGAAGGAGGACGGAAGGGAGAGAAGAAUGGCCAACGCACAGCUGGAUUUGAUCCGUGGGAUCCGGACCGUAUCUGUCGUUGACACUCAGGCUGCACAGGGUGCCUCCGUAACCCCUGAUCUUCUAUCCCUGGGGGCUGCAGAGUCCCAGAACCCCUCCGAGCAGCCCACGGCUGUGGCCAAUGCACCUUGUGGCUCUGGAAAUCUCAUCCGAGAGAUGAUGAUGUCUCCAGCAUUUGCCGUAAGAGGAGGAGCAGGAGGAGGAGGAGAAGAAGAGAACGAGACCGUUUUGUAACGAGAGACUUGAGGAGGAGGAAUUAAGCAAGCCCCAAGCUCAGCCCUGAGCGUUGGCGUCGUUCACUUUUUUUUUCUUUUAGCAUUAGGAACUGAUCUAUUUUAGUUUUUUAAUGUCUCUGUUUUAGCUGGUGUUGCUCUGUUAGCCUAGAGAAUGUCUUUCACUUGUGUGCCACCCA